GGCGGAGAGAGGAUAUAGGGCGGAACCAACCUCCUGGCUCCGCACGUGCUGCUCCGGCUCAGCGUGGCGUUCUUAGCAUCCAGUCUUUGGCGUCUGCAGGGUAUCAGAAGAGCAGAUGCCGGUCCUUGGGAUGCUAAAACAGGUGCUCAGAGUGACGGCACAGAGCAAAGCCUCCGCCUGCUCGAAGCUUGUCUUGCCCUUGCGGUUUCUAGGCAGCUCCUCUCGUCAAGUCCCAGCAGAUGCCAACUUCCACUCCACCUCGUUCUCCGAAGCAGAGCCUCCCCGGGUCUUGAUCACAGGGGGUCUUGGCCAGCUGGGAGUAGGACUUGCUAGCCUUUUGAGGAAACGAUUUGGGAAGGACAACGUGAUCUUAUCAGACAUAAGGAAGCCCCCAGCUCAUGUCUUCCAUAGUGGCCCGUUCGUUUAUGCCAAUAUCUUGGACAACAAACACCUUCGUGAGGUCGUGGUGAACCACCGUAUCAGCUGGCUGUUUCACUACAGUGCGGUGCUGAGUGCUGUCGGAGAAGCCAACGUGUCCUUGGCCAGAGAUGUCAAUAUAACUGGACUGCAUAACAUUCUAGAUGUUGCAGCUGAACACAAUGUGAGAUUGUUUGUACCCAGCACGAUUGGGGCUUUUGGACCUUCCUCUCCUCGGAACCCCGCACCUGACCUCUGUAUUCAAAGGCCCAGGACCAUCUAUGGCGUAUCCAAGGUCCAUGCAGAGCUCAUGGGAGAAUACUAUUAUUACCGGUACGGGUUAGAUUUCCGGUGCCUAAGAUAUCCUGGGAUCAUUUCUGCAGAUUCCCAGCCUGGAGGAGGAACAACUGACUACGCCGUCCAGAUUUUCCACGCUGCAGCAAAGAACGGCACAUUUGAGUGCAACCUCAAGGCCAGCACCAGGCUCCCCAUGAUGUACAUCAGCGACUGCCUCAGGGCCACCCUGGAAGUCAUGGAGGCCCCCACGGAGCGCCUCUCCAUGAGGACCUACAACAUCAGCGCCAUGAGCUUCACCCCCGAGGAGCUGGCCCAGGCCCUCCGCAAGCAUGUGCCCGACUUCCAGAUCACCUACUGCGUGGAUCCCCUCCGACAGGCCAUAGCUGAGAGCUGGCCCAUGAACCUCGAUGACAGCAAUGCCCGUAAGGACUGGGGCUGGAAGCACGACUUCGAUCUUCCAGAGUUGGUGGCUACCAUGUUCAACUUUCACGGCGCCAGCACCAGAAUUGCCCAAGCUAACUGAAGGAGGAGGAGCAAUGCCCAUAUCCUCACAGUGUAAGGGACAUGGCAUUCUCUAAGAUGGAGAACUAAUCGGACUGAAUUCUGGCAGCUUGAGUGGAACUGCUGGGUGGGGUUGGAGUUCCUUUUACACAUUGCCUUUUGUUGUGUGCCUAAACUGGUCCAGGCACACAUGCCACGGAAGUGAAGUCCUAAGUGGUAGUGGCUAGCUCUUGGGAUUUGCAACAUUUGUAUUUAAUUAAAUUCAAUUUAAGUAUCA